UCGCGUAGAAGCGGCAACGUCGCCCGCUAUAACCGAUAUUGUGGCCGCAUGGAAUGGAGGAGAAUCAGCUCGGGUCAACUUCUCCUGAGCCCCUCUCCAUGGCUGACUACGUGCCGUUGUUUCUCCCACAGCAAAGUAGACAGUCGAACGUCGCGCCUCGAUGCCGAUGCAAGGCUAAUGAUAUUUCGGAUUAGUGCUCGAACUUGCUAUGAUCGUGUAAACUGAUUUAAAUACUGACUUUCUUUAUGUUUACCUUCAAAUGCUGGGAUAUACCUAUAGGGACUGGUCGCCUGGUGGCGCCACCGCCCAGCAGCAGUUGUCAGUCGUGACCACAGUGUGGGAAGUUACAUCGUCGACGCAGUCGGGCCCCCACGGUGUCUUCUCGGGUGGCCCGACACCUGCAGGAAACGCUCCUUACGGAAGUACCCUCAAACAAUCUCAACAUUCUAGCUACCAACAAGGAUAUCGACAAUCUGGGCCGGGAAUUGCCAGCUAUGGUGUCAAUGGUGGCAUGAACGGCGCGGACGGUGGUUACACCAGCGGAAGCGCACUUUCAACAGCCGCCAUGGUGGCAGCGGCUACAGCCACUGCCACGGCUACCGCCAGCGUAGUGGCAUUCCAAGACAACAAUCAAUAUAACAAUCAGCAAUAUCCGCAAGGUUACCAGAGGAUGAUGCAAAUGGGUAGUAUGAACAAUAUGAACCCGAUGAACAACAUGUCCUCUAUGGCCAUGGGAAAUAUGCAGCAUAAUAUGAUGGGAAAUAUGGUGACGAAGAUGGGAAUGCAGAGUCCAGGACCCGGUCAAAGCGCAAACUCAAUGUACCCCAGAAGGAUGGCUCCUUACCCUAACCCGGCCAUGAUGAGCCAACAGAGACAGCAGUGCUACCCCAAGAGCGGCUGUGCACCCACGAUGAAUCCCUCCUUCAAUCAAAACAACCAGUAUCCAAACUAUCCAACCAGGCAGCCUAACUUCAAUCAGUAUCCCACCCAACAGUCCUUAGGACCUUCCAACAACUUCGGACCCGGCAACAUGGGAAUGGCAACCAUGGGUUCCAUGGGACCGGGAUCGAUGAGCCACGGCUCGAUGGGACCUAACUCUAUGGGACCUAACUCUAUGGGACCUAACUCGAUGGGCCCUAACUCCAUGGGACCUAGCUCAAUGGGUCCUAACUCCAUGGGGCCGAAUAAUAUGGGUCCCGGCAAUAUGAAUCAUGGGAGCAUGGGACCAGGAAGCAUGGGUCCAGGAAGCAUGGGUAACAUGGGACCUGGGAGCAUGGCUCCAGUCAGGAACGCUUCCUUGAGGCAAACUACUCCUCCCUACACAAAUCAGAGUCAAUAUUUCAAUGGCUCUAUGAAUCAAUUCCCCACAAAUAAUUCCGGACAAUAUAUGAAUGGCACCCCCAGUACGCAAUACGGUUCGACGAAUCAAUUCCAACAGGAUGUUUCCAUGAGGAACAACAUGAAUUAUCAACAUAGUCCAAUUCCGGGUAAUCCAACACCUCCUUUGACUCCAGCUACCAGUAUGCCACCUUAUAUAAGUCCGAAUCCAGAUGUUAAGCCGGCUUUCAAUGAACUUAAACCACCAGCCACUCCAAUGAAGGAGGAUGAGUUAAGGUUAACAUUCCCUGUACGAGACGGCAUCAUUCUGACGCCGUUUCGACUAGAGCAUAAUCUUGCGGUGAGCAAUCAUGUAUUCCAACUCAAACCCACAGUGCACCAGACGCUAAUGUGGAGGUCAGAUUUAGAGUUGCAAUUAAAGUGUUUCCAUCAUGAGGACAGACUUAUGAAUACCAACUGGCCAGCUUCGGUCCAAGUAUCUGUCAAUGCAACUCCUCUAAUGAUCGACAGGGGGGAGCACAAAACGUCACAUAAACCCCUAUAUUUGAAAGAUGUCUGUCAACCUGGGAGAAACACAGUUCAAAUUACCGUAUCGGCCUGUUGCUGUUCACAUUUAUUCGUCCUACAACUCGUGCACAGACCAAGCGUUCGGUCCGUUCUACAAGGGCUCCUAAGAAAAAGAUUAUUGACUGCCGAUCAUUGUACUGCCAAAAUCAAGAGGAAUUUUAGCAGUACAAGUUCUGGCGGCCCUAACGUUGAUAGGGAAAGGGACUCGAUAGAGCAGACUGCCCUCAAAGUCUCUCUGAAGUGUCCCAUAACCUUCAAACGUAUUACAUUACCAGCUAGAGGGCAUGAGUGUAAGCACAUUCAGUGCUUCGAUUUAGAAUCUUAUCUUCAACUAAAUUGCGAGAGAGGUUCAUGGAGGUGUCCUGUUUGCAACAAACCGGCUCAACUUGAGGGAUUAGAGGUUGAUCAAUACAUGUGGGGUAUAUUAAAUACUAUGAAUGGUACUGAAGUUGACGAGGUAACUAUCGACAGUUCUGCCAAUUGGAAAUCGGCCAGACCUCCUGGAAUUAAGGUCGAAGAAGACAACGACUCCUGUGGAGCCAAAAAAGUAUGUAAAGCAAUGUCCCCUGGUAGCAUGAAUCUACCUACUUCGAACACCUGGGAUAUGCAGGCUAUGUCGCCUUACCUAACUCCGGACAUGAACACCAUUGCCAGUGGUUCCAUGAUGAAUACACCGCCAUCGUACAACAAUAGAAAUAGUCAGUAUGAUUUUAAUUCGAAUCCGAACGGAUCCAACAGCGAUUUUUCGAAUGGUGGUGGACCCCUGUCGCAUCUCAGUGAAUCAGUCAACUCCCUAGAUCAGCUAAAUGCUAUGGAGAAAAGUCUGAGUGAUCAGAUGCCUCACACUCCGCAUACGCCCCAUACACCUCAUACGCCCCAUACGCCAGGAGGGACUCCAAGUGCUCACACACCGAGUGGGGGUACCGGACCUCCAAGCGUGCCACCAUCCACGGAAAUGCACAACAAUAGUACAAGUUCCAAUACGAGCACUAAUGGAAACGGAAACUCAAACAAUGAGAACAGCGUUGCUGAUAUUCCCUCAGAUUUGAAUUUCGACCCUGCUGCUGUUAUUGAUGGAGAAGGAACAGGGCAGGAAGCAUUGAAUCUGCUUCCUGAGAGCGUUGAUCCCAUGGAGAUAUUAUCCUAUCUCGACCCACCUGAUUUGAAUACACCGCCAUCUAGUGGAAGCAGUUCCGGGCCUGCCAAUACUUCAGCAACAAGCGACGACAUACUCGCAUUGUUCGAAUAAGACAAGUUCCUGGGCUCACGAUCACAAUUUUGUGAUGGACAAGUGAGUGAAAAUGUGUGAUAAAACAUUCAAUUUGCUAAAAAAGGUCUAAAUCAAAUUAUUUCCCUUGUAUUAUUUGUAAAUACUUCCCAAACGAAGUCAUGAAUUUUAUUUUGUUGGUAUGCAAAAUAAAUCGAGGAAUAUGAAUCUCUAACAUAAAACGGAGUAUUUUCAAAAAUUAUUGCUGAUAAUGUUGUAUUCGAAAUCGGAAUAGUCCUUCGAAUUUGAUUUAGAUUUUUGUUCAAAAUAAAAUGUUCAUUGAAAUAAAAUAAAAAUAAAUAAAACAAAAUUCGAUACGUUUUUUCGGCAAGUCCUUUAAGAAGGAAACCAAUGGAAUAAAAUUCAUCCUUUACGGCCAGUUUAGAUUAGUAUUAUUAAAUAAAUUAUUAUAGUAUAGAACUUGGAACCAAACAAUCUAGUACUUCUAGAAUGACCUCUUGCUGGUCAUUUUGCAUAUUGAUGUGCAUAUGCUUUGAGUAUUAUCUGCUAUAAGAAUUAAGUGAACCUAACACAACCACCAAGCUCAACAUAUGCGCAGAUUUUUGUUGUAAGGUAUUUUUGUCAUCGAAAAUGCACAAUUAUUAUAUUGUCAUUAUUAUACACCAAUACACAAGCAUCCACAUAAUGACUUUAAUUAUUAUUAAAGAACUCUGAGACUGUGAUAAACUUUUAAUUAUAGGUGAUUUUAACAUAUUUAAUGAUGUAUAUUACUAACAGUGGUAUAAGUAGAUUUUGUACAUAUUUACAUGGACUGAUCUCCCGAAAUUUAGAAUUUAUUAGUUAUUCCUCAGUGGAGAGUUGUUUAGCAUUCACAUUUUCAAACAUUCCUUAAUGUUUCAUAUAUCAUUAUUAUUUAAUGAAUUCUUGUGGAAAAUGUUACCAAAUAUAUCUGUACGAAUUCUACUUGUCAUCACUUUUUAACAAAAAUAUAUGUUAUGUGGUUGCCUUUGUGUGUGAAUCAAUUCCUUUAAUAAAAAUCAAUCGAAUUAAUUUGAAUGCUGUGUUUUUAUAAAUCCUCACGUAUAUUUAGUACGUUUAAUAUCCUAUUAUAUUAUCAUCAACAAGGGUCCAAGUUCCUAGAGGUCUUCUUUUAUAACUUCAUUUUGGGGUUGUAGGUUCACUUGAAUUUUAUGAGUUCUUAUUGCCAAUAAUUCAUUCUAAAUGAUAGACAAAUUAGAUGCCAAUAAGUUUGUUGAAUGUAAAGUAGGGAACGUAGACAAAUUUUGUACUUGAAUUUAUUUGAGGUUUACAAUUUAAUGUCAAAUCUUUAGAUAUUUUACUAAUGCUUCCAAAAUAGUAAACUUUGAAUAUUAUUCACUAUCACAGUAAAGUUGGUAUGACUUUUGCCAAUAAUUUUUUUUAACCUGCGCGGCAAAAUUUUUCACAUAUACUUUCUCGAAUAUUGGACCAAAUUUUUUUUUUGUCAACAGCACAUUAUGACCAAAUUUCGACAUAUCAUUUUCAAUUA